UGCCCAAACAAAGAAACGUAAUCGGCUCAGACCAGAUAUGCUAGGCAUGCUUGUAUAUUGUAGGAUGAACAUAAUGAUGAUGCAAAAAACAGAUGAAAAAAUGUUUAGAGAUGUUGAUCCGUUUGAUUUAAGCAAGCUCACAGAGUGGCCUGAUUAUGAAGAAGAAGUUGAAACAUGCUCCCAAUUUGUGGAUGAGAAUGGAUCGGUUGGGACUUCAGGGAGUUCAUUUGAUGAUACUAGUGCUGAUAAUGCUAGUCUCAUUCAUCCCGCCUCAUCCCUUUCAGAAGUCUGUGUGACUUAUGUUGAUGAUGCAGAUGGGUUUGAAGAUUUUACUUUUGAUUUUUG